CUUUCAGAGUUCUGCAGGUAGAAAACGCUCUCUGGAGAACCAGGAUUCCCUCAGUGACUCAUUUGUUUGUCUGAUUUCUUCUUCAGAUGGUCGUGGUUUCAGAAGACGUCCAUGAAUACGCCGUCGCCCUGAAGGACACGGAGGAGAAGAUUGCUCGAUGUCCGGCCCGGAGAGCCGACAUCCUGGACGAACUCCAGAAGAGUCAGAAAGUCUUUGCAGAGAAACUGAACCACCUGAGCCGGAGACUGGCCUGGAUCAACGCCACCAUCUACUCCAAGGACAAGAUGCUGGAUGUGUACUGGCUGCUGUGUGUUUGUAUCCGGACCAUCGAACACGCUGACAACACGGGCUCUCUGUUCGCCUUCGCUCCGGAGUUCUACCUCAACGUGGCGAUGAACGCGUACAGCGCCCUGAAGAACUACUUCAGCCCCGCCAACAGCAUGGACGAGCUGCCAGGCUACGAAGAAACACUGACUCAGCUCGCCGCCAUCCUCGCCAAACACUUUGCUGACCCACGCAUAGUCGGGACAGAUAUCAAAGACUCUCUGAUGCAGGCUCUGGCCAGCUACGUCUGUUACCCACAAUCCCUCAGGGCAGUGGAGAGGAUCCCAGAGGAGCAACGAGUCGCCAUGAUGAGGAAUCUGCUCGCUCCGUAUGAACAGAGACCGUGGGCUCAGACCAACUGGAUCCUGGUCAGACUGUGGAGGGGUUGUGGUUUCGGCUACAGAUACACUCGUCUUCCUCACCUCCUGAAAACCAAACCCGAGGACGCCAACCUGCCCAGUCUGCAGA